AUGAAUAGGUCUGAAAUAAAAAAAGAAGGAUGGAUUUUUGAAGAGGAUGGAUUUGAUGAGAAGGAUGGAUUUGAUGAGAAAGAUGAAUUUGAUGAGAAGGAUGGAUUUGAUGAGAAGGAUGGAUUUGAUGAGAAGAAUGGAUUUGAUGAGAAGGAUGGAUUGGAUGAGAAGGAUGGAUUUGAUGAGAAAGAUGGAUUUGAUGAGAAGGAUGGAUUUGAUGAGAAGGAUGGAUGUGAUGAGAAGGAUGGAUUUGAUGAGAAGGAUGGAUUUGAUGAGAAAGAUGAAUUUGAUGAGAAGGACGGAUUUGAUGAGAAGGAUGGAUUUGAUGAGAAGGAUGUAUUUGAUGAGAAAGAUGGAUUUGAUGAGAAGGAUGGAUUUGAUGAGAAGGACGGAUUUGAGGAGAAGGAUGGAUUUGAUGAGAAUGAUGGAUUUAAUGAGAAGGAUGGAUUGGAUGAGAAGGAUGGAUUUGAUGGUAUGGUCUAUGAAUGGUUGAAGAUGUAA